ACAUUCUCUACACAAAAGUUCGAGACUGCAUAAUCACUCCAGUCUUCGAGGAGGAAAGACGUGUGAAGAACUAGUGUAAGCAGAGAGAGACAGUACAGCACAUCAUUCAUUGCAUGUAAGUAUGAUACAAUUCUUUAUUUUUCUAAUCAUGAUUUUUCAGAAGUUACUUCUUUCCUGAUACUACUACUACAAUGCACUUAGGAAUCACUAAUAUCUCGAUUACAACAGAGUGCAUAUUGUACAAUAUCCAGCUUGUUUUCCCACAGCAUCUUCUUUUUCAUCAUUUGUUGUUUCUUUUCCAUUAUAGCUCAUCUUUUUAUAUAUACAAAAUGGAACAUGUAUCACUUUUUCAUAAGGAUUUUCAAUAAUAUAUUUGCAAUAUACACAUUGCAGAUAUGAUUUCUCAUGUAAAAAGUAUCCAUUUAUUGCAAAAUAGUCUGCUCUAUUAAUAAAUACCGAGUGCUUGAAUGGUUCUGGACGAUGGAAAGUUAAAACUCGUUCUUCAUAUUGCCGUAGAAUAUUAUUAUCGAAAUUCUCCUCUUCACAUGAAAUAUUAUCUUGUUUGCGCCAUCCACAAUUUGGACUACAUCGUUCAUGUUCCUUACUAGGAUCGUCUGUUGGCAACCAAUUUUCUAAAUAUACUGAACAAAACACACAUUGAACAACGUCAGGUGCUCGCACAAAUUUAAAACCCUGUUUAGCCAUAUUUUGAGGUGACAACAGACUCGAUUCUAAUUUCCAUCGAUUAUCAAAUGUUAAUAACCUCAAUCGUUCGUGCAUGAAAAUCUGAUCCUGUGAGAGCAUUUUUUGCACUGUACUUGCAGCUUGUUAAAUCACAACUGAUUUUUAGAUUAAUGUUUACUUGUUUUUAUAUCUAAUUCUGUGCCAUAGUAAUAUAUUCUUUGUUUGUUUUCAGUAACCCGCUAGUAGCAGAGAUGGAGCAUAGCAGAGAACACAGAGUUGGAGGGGUGAGUUCGCGAGCAAUUCGCCAUCGCAUUUCCUUCGAAAACGUAGCACCUGACAUUGAAAAUGUGCUUCAAAACUCGAAAACUCGUGUUUUCGAGAUAAUAAGAGAACAUGCUGCACGUUUCGAAGGAAAUGUCAAAUGGUUUUUAGUAUUAAAUGUAUUAUUGUAUAAGAUGGUAGUUUUAGAAUCAGAGGAAUCCGAAGCUGUUUCAUCCAUUGUGAAUCUUCAUAGCUACUCGGCCAUAGGCAUGAAUGUCUUGGAGAGUUAUGACGAAUUGAAUGAACAAUUUAUGUUAGCAGUUAGGAAAAUUUUAAGUUCAUUCGAUAACUUUGUUCGAUUUGGGAGUGGGUGGGUGUUGAAGAAGAUUGACUCGCUUGAUGUAAAUGUGAUUAGAUAUAAUCCAAUGUACACAAGCAGUUAUAUUCAAACACCCCACUUCAUCAAGAAUAAGAAAUGUGUUAUCAAUAUCAAAAAUUUUUCUGAUAAAAAGUGUUUUCUGUGGAGUGUUCUAGCCUAUUUUCACCAGAAACCGAAUAACAGUCACUUAACGGUGAAAUAUUUGAGCAAAUUUGCUCACAGGCUGAACACUCGCGGAGUUAAUUUCCCAACCACCGAUCGCGACAUAAAGAAAUUUGAAAUUCUCAAUACAGACAUCGCAAUUCAUGUUAUCGCCUAUGAUAACAAAAAGUUUUUCCCCUAUCGAACAAGCAUAUUCCGUACGCGUAAAUACCAAAUUAAUCUUUUAAUGUUGAAAGGCGAUGCAGGAAAAACUCAUUUUUGUUUAAUUAACACCGCGAACGGGAAAAACGGAUUGUCGCGUCUUCUUUCUCACCUUUCGAAAGCUAAAGCACAAGUAGAUGUUUGCAAUUUCUGUUUUCACAGAUUUACAUCAGACAAAAGAGUAAACCGGGAUGGGAAAGCAAAUUUGAUGAGACAUCUAGAGCUUUGUUCAAAGUUCCAGUCUCAGAGAACUUCAUACCCAAAACGUGGUGAGACAAUCAAAUUUAGAAAACUCGGUUCGACUUUGAAGAAAAAGUAUACAAUCUACGCGGAUUUGGAAACAUUUGUUGUGAAUAUGGAUGAUAAUGAAUCUGAGGAUGUACCUAUUACCAGAAGUUACACCAAGAAAACGGCGCGUCAUAUUCCAUGCGGGUAUUGUUUCGUUGUAAUUGAUGUGAAUGGGGAUAUCGCGUACGGGCCAGUACUCUAUAGAUCGAGUAAUAUCAAUGAAAAGAUCAUGGAGAAAUUUCUCAAGGAAAUAAUCGAAGUGGGCGAUUUAUUGAGUGCAGAUAUAAAAUGUGAAAUUCCGAUGGAGCAUUUAAGUGAACGUCAGCAACGCGAAUUUCAAAACGCUGAUAAGUGCGGCCUUUGCGAUGAAGUUUUUACCGAAACAGACACAAAGGUACGCCAUCAUGCACAUGAAAAUGGAAAGUUUUUGUGUGCUGCUCAUGUGUCGUGUAAUUUAAAUACUCGAACUGACGAUACGAUUAGCUGUUACUUCCAUAAUUUUAGUGGAUUUGACAGUCAUUUUAUUCUAAAAGCUCUCGGAAAAUGUAAAAAAGAAAUUUCCUGUAUCGCCAAUACAUCAGAAAGAUUUUUGACAUUGACAGUGGGAAAAAUCAAGUUUUUAGAUUCAUAUAAAUUUAUGAAUGAAUCUUUAGAAGUAUUAGUGCGCAACUUGGUAGAUAGUACAGAUAUGGAAUCGAAGUUCAAACGACUGUUUUCAGUAUUUAAUGACCCCGAUCUCGAACAAAGGCAACUAUUGUUGAAAAAAGGAGUAUAUCCCUAUUCGUACAUAUCUUGCCCUGAAAAAUUCGCUGAGACUUCUCUCCCUCCGAUAGAAUGUUUUUAUAAUGAUCUUAACGAUACACCCCUCUCCCCCAAAGAAUAUGAGCAUGCACAAAGAGUGUUCUCAACAUUCAAGUUGAAAUCUCUCGGCGAGUAUCAUGAUUUCUAUCUGUGCCUAGACGUCAUGCUAUUAGUUGAGGUUUUCGAAGAAAUGAGGUCAACGCUUUUUAGGUCAUAUGGCCUCGAUGUGACUCAUUUUCUUUCGCUUGCUCAUUACACUUGGAAUUGUAUGUUAAAGUUCACCCGGGUUGAACUCCAAUUGAUUAGCGAUCCUGAUAUACAUCUAUUGUUUGAAUCAGGAAUGCGCGGUGGUGUUUCGUUUAUUGGCAAGCGUUAUUGCGAAGCCAAUAACAAACACAUCCCUGACACAUACGAUCCCACAAAACCAAGUAACUAUUUGCUUUAUAUAGAUUGUAAUUCUUUGUAUGCGCACUCUAUGAAUCAAUUCUUACCUUAUGGAAAUUUCAAGUUCCUCUCAGAGGAAGAAAUCCAUGCUCUUGACUUUACAAAUUUGGAGAGUGAAUCAGAAACUGGUUAUGUAAUUGAAUGUGAUCUCAAGUACCCACAGGAGUUACAUGAUAUGCAUGCCAAUUUCCCCCUCGCCCCCCUUCAUCAAAUUCCUCCUAGUGAAUUGUUCUCCGAGUACCAAACCAAUGAGAACGGUCAAACUCUGACUAAAAAACUCAUGAACACGCUUUUUGAUCGAGAGAGGUACAUUGUUCAUUACAUGAAUUUGAAACUGUACCUUCAACUCGGAUUGCAAUUAACAAAGGUACAUCGAGUCAUUAGCUUUUCCCAAUCGCCUUGGUUGAAGAACUACAUUGAGUUCAAUACCUGUAAUAGGCAAGCCGCGAAAAAUAAAUUUGAAGUGUCCUUCUUUAAACAGAUGAGUAACUUAUGCUAUGGAAAAUCGAUAGAGGGAAAUCGAGAUAAAUGUAAUGUUCAAAUUAUCACAGACGUCAAGCGUCUAGAUAAGUACAUUUCAAAUCCCCUAUGUAAACGCUGGCAGAUAAUAAGCUCGGAUGUGAUUGCGGUUUUCUCGCGAAAGUUGGAACUAAAAAUGAAUAAGCCAAUCUAUUCAGGUUUCUGCAUUCUGGAUUUGAGUAAACUGCACAUGUAUGAUUUUUUCUAUUGUAAAUUGCAAAAAAUCAUACCAUGGCAACGCAUCCAGCUCUGUAUGACUGAUACAGAUAGCUUCCUCUUAUCAUUGGAGACACCCGACGUCUACCAACUGAUAAGAGAAAAUCUAGAAUUGUUUGACACUUCAAAUUACCCAGCUGAGCACGAAUGCUUCUCCAAUGAGAGGAAUAAAGUUGUAGGGAAAUUUAAGGAUGAGGCAGCUUCAUUUCCUUUAAAAUCUUUUCUGGGAUUACGGGCGAAAUUAUAUUCAUAUCUUGUAAAUAAUGAGAAGGAGGAAACUGUAAAUAAGUGUGUGGCAAAAGGUGUGAAGACACAUGUGAAAAAUAGAAAACUUAGUUUUGACUUGUAUAAAAAAUGCUUGAUUGAACGAUGCCAACAUAUAGAAAAAUGUAAUAUGUUGAGAUCCUUCAAUCAUAACAUGCAUCAAAUUGAAUGCGCAAAGGUUUGUUUAAGCCCGUUCGAUGACAAACGCUUUAUUGCAGAGAACGGAAUCGAUACAUUACCAUUCGGUCACUACAAAAUAGCAAACUGAUGGCACAGAUCAGUGUGUGUGUAACAAGCUAGUGACCAACACAUCGAAUUCUGUUUCAAGCGUGUCUUCACACAA